GGACAUGGCCAGCCUGGAAAUUCGGCAUGAAACAAGAGGAUUUGUUUACCAAGCUCCACGACCAGUACAAUACCUACACGAUCCCCAUCCAAGAUGCUGAAGCUUUUUAUUGUGACAUAGCCGAAAUAUCCUACAAAGCGCAGUCGACAGCCGAAUUUCACUAUUUAGCUAACUAUCGCAGACAACAACGUCUCUCCGAAUUAAAUAAAUCUCUUGAAUCCGCAAGUCUUGAAAUCAUUGGAAACCCAAAGCUUAUCAAGAUGCCUCAGUGGGAACAUGCAGUCCGGCUCUUCCAAACAAACUCUUUGGACUCCCUCGUCCGAUACUUCGCUUCUUACCUCCCCACCGACCACAUUUGGCAUCCGCCAUGCCAAGAUUCAGCCCUUGCCGCCACUCACGCUUUUUCCACUUCUCCUUUACCGAAAAGACGGUGCAAGCGCCACAAAACGAAUGAGGCGGUCGGCUCCGGGAGACAGACCUUGGUGUCGUCGUCGAUGGAGCUUGGCCGCCUUCCAGCGAAAGACCAACUUCUGGCGUCCGACAAAGCCUUGAAAUCUACUUGUCCUGCUGCAUUUUCCUCAUUUUCAGAAAGGGCCAUUAAGCAUACUCGACCCCAUGAACACAGCUCCUACAUCAGCCAUGGGGUAGCCGUGUUGACUUCUGGUGAUGGCAUGUCGACCAUGUCAGAUUUCGAUACAUUUACAAGAGCUCAGUACAGGAUUAAAAAUACACUCAACGAGACAGUACGACUUGACAAGAGAUUAUCUACUAAAAUAUCUCUCAAGCAGGUUGACCUUGCAAGCAAGCAUUCGGGAGGUCAGAGAGUGCGUUGUGUUGAUUCACAAGUGAGCGCAUUCCCUGAGACAUUGAUAUCUUCACCCCCAGAUUUAUCACUUCCAGUGUCUUUACAGAUUCCAGUCGCAUCAGAUGGCAUUAUUCAAGUUUCUGCUGGCGUUACCGUGGGAUUGAAGCGCAAACGUUAAGCGACAAAAACUCUUAAGGAAGCUUUUUCGUCUUCACAUAUUCAUAUUAUACCU